AUGGGAAGUGUUUGGAAGCUCACAAGUCUCGCUGUAGCACCUCUCGAGCCGCCGCCGCCUCCGCCGCCGCCUUUCUCUGCACGCAACAUGCCUCCUCCAUCUUCGCCGCAGAAUGCGCCAUCUUCUUCACUGCAUCCGGGCGCGGGAGCGCCUCGAGGACCUCCUACGACUUCGCCGUUUGCAGGAGUACGCGACCUUGCAGGUAGUCACCAUCGCCCUGGGAUGUCCAUUUCCGCGAUCCUGGGUGGAGGAGAGGAGCGCAGACUGCACGAGUCUCCACACAGCUUGCAUGCCGGGCCAGCGCAGACUCCCAAGCCAAUGCAGCCAACUUCUCCAGGAAGAGCUCGGUCGUAUAGCAAUCGAGAGGGCGGAGAACGUGGCUACAACAAGUCAAGUCCUCCACGACCUGGAGUCUUUGGCGAACCAGCAAGAAUCGGAUCGGAGCCGAGAAGAGACGGUACAUUUGGAUCACCCCAAUUCCGUCGCGAGCCUCAACACAGCUUCCGGGCGUUUCAGGCGCCGAUGCAAGAGCAUGUACACCACUUGAAUGGCCACGGCGCGCCUGCUCGGCCUAUCAGCCAGCCUGCUGAGGUCGAGCGCCCGGGUGGCAUGCAAGAGCAGCGAGAGCCAAUAUUCGACCAUAGGACUGGUGGCUUUCGAUCUGCUGCGGAGCACCUACCACCAAGAAGUGCGGAGCCACCUAGGACAGAGCUUCACAGACACGAGCGGCCGCAUUUUCCUCACAAUGGAAUCACAUCACAUCCUCAAGAGCGACCUUCGUUUAGCAGUCCUCAGAUGGAGCGCGAGAGGAGCAAUCAGGGCGCCAUGCGCUAUCCUUCCGGACCUGGAUAUGGAGUUCACGCAAGAGAAGAACAAACAGCCCUGUUUAGACCGACAUAUCCGCCCACCUCGCACCCAGCCCCGGAACCUGCGAGAGAGUCUAUCGAAGGUAGAGCGGCAGAAAUGCGAAGACAAAUUUCACGUCAUUCGCCAACAGUCGGAGAGCUGGGCGGGUAUGAGAGGGGGCGUAAUGGUUUCCACGAGCGGCCCGUGACGCUGGAAGAACACCAGAGAAUGGAGACUAUUCAACGUGAGCAGCAGCGCAAGGAAAGCGAGAGCUCAAUGCACAAAGCAAUUCUCAACAUCAGUCCUGAACUGAAUCGUCGCGGCCGGAAUUCGCCAUUGCCACAAGCAGUCCAGGGAGCGCAGCCUAGGCAUAUUGGACCUGGCGGCGACAACCCGGGAAUCAAAAUGGAGUUUGGUCGCAUGUUCUCCGGGCUUGGUUCUGGCGUGGGUACAACCCCAGCACCCUGCCAUCCCAUCAAUGGCACCACGACACCGUCUCGCAUGAGCCCAGCAGCACGCCACGUGGAAAGCGGCGAUCUCGUUAGAUCAGCUGCGGCCGAGGUCACCGAGCAACGAGCAGCCAAGUCGGGAACGAGACUGGGAAGAAAAAGCGGACGACGUUCUCGCGACGAAAGUGACGGCGUUGAAGGACGGAACACUCCCGAUCCCCAGCGUGGUACGAGCAAACGGGCGAAGACUAUACACACAAGUCACCAUCACCACCAUGUACACCCGCAUCAUCACCAUCACCACCACCAUCACGAUGGAACCGAGGCUCCGGGAGCUUCUAAUAUGCUCCGCAACCCUUCAAAUCCCUUAUCGCACGCAAACCUGAUGGCCAACCAAGCACACCACCAUCAUCAUCACCAUGCGCAUCCUGUUGGCCAUCACCAUCACCACGCGCCAAGGAGCGCGCCCGCGACAAGGAAGCCGGCGACGAUUGUGCAGAAUAAGAGAGUUCUGGAUGAAGCUGCUGGAAAGCCGCGUAAGCAUUUGGGUACGCAACUAUACACGACUGAAUUGUCUCCUGCGCCUGCAGCAGAAACAACGGCCGAUUCCAAGAUCAAGUUUAGCAGCAAGAUGAAACCCAUACCAGUCUUCGCGGAAAAAGAAAACUGCACAUACACUGUUCGGGUACCUCGGUACUACCUGUCUUCAAGCCUUGCGCGAGCAAAAGAAUCGUACAGUUUCGAGGAAAUUUGCAAGCGGCGCCAAAUUUGGGGUACAGACAUAUAUACAGACGACUCCGAUGUCAUAGCUGCUGCAGUGCAUUCUGGCUGGAUCAAAGGCGACUUCGGCGAAUACAACGAAGAUCUCAACGAAGUGUUCGGCAAUGAUUCCGACAAUGACGGUCCGGAGGAGUCGCCACUAUCUCUAGACGCGAAACCAAGAAGGCCAGUUAAGGUACCAGAAGGCUUCGAUGCCCACAUCACAGUGCUGAUCCUGCCGGCUUUGGAGUCUUACGGAGCCACGAAUCGACACCAUGUGUGGUCUCGGGAGUGGAAGAAGCACGAUGGCAUGUCUUACAUGAUUCAUAGCAUUGAAUUUGUUGACGAAGGCGAGAUGAGCCGAUACGCAGAACGCAGCGGUGCGGCUCGCAAGCAGAGGAUCGCUCUAGAGGAGGCAGCUCGCAGGGAAGCAGCGGCUGGGCUGCUUAUGUUUGCGAAUGCAGCAACCUCUCGCGUCCAGGUCGGAGCAUAG